UGUUAUCCAUUUGCUCUUUUUCUAAUCCUUUCUUUGAAUAAAUAUCUUUUAAAAAAAUGAUCAAUUAAAAUAGAAAGCUCUUUCUAACGAAGGUUAGCUAUCGAUCUUCCUUCCUUCCUUUAUUAGCCUUCCUUGCUUGUCUAAAGUUAGCAGGUUUGUGACAUUGGUAUCGAGAUUUGUUAAAAGUUAAGGGAAACUUGACGUUAUGUGAAGUGAAGGAUUGGUCUAUGGUUUGCAUUAGAUCUUUGUACAUUAUCAAAUUAAAGGUGAAAGAGAGCUAUUAUAGAGAUUUGCUUUGAAUGAAUCUUUCUGCUUCAAAAGAAAGAGAUCUUGAAGCAGAUCUCGAAAGUAGUGAGACAAGUGAGGAGGAUAGAACCAAGGAUUCAGUUUCAGUGAAUAGACAAACAAAUAGAAUUUUCAGUUGGACUUGGACUGGGCAAUUUAGCUCUGAUGGAUCUGUCCAUGGUAAAUGUGGCAACUUGUGCAGUGAAUCAUCAAAUUUUGGUGAGGCUGCGGGUGAGAAUGUGGAGUUGUUGAUGGACAAGAAUUCGGAAGAGGAGGGUUGGGAGAAUGUGGGCAAUUCAGAGAAGUGUGUGGAAGGGAAGCGUAAGAAGACCAACUCUAGAAAGCCUCCCAAGCCACCGCGGCCUCCUAAAGGUCCAACACUAGAUGCUGCUGACCAGAAGUUGGUGAGGGAGAUUGCUGAGCAUGCCAUGAGAAAGCGUGCCAGGAUUGAAAGAAUCAAAGCAUUAAAAAGAAUGAAAGCAGAAAAGGCUUCAGCUUCAAAUAGUACUAUAUUUGCCAUGAUCAUUACACUUAUCUUCUGUCUUGUUAUUGUCUUUCAAGGAUUGUGCUCCGGAAACAGUAUCAGUUUUAGCAUGCUGGGGUCUCCUGCAUCAGCAGUCACUGCCAGUGAAAGCUUGGUUUCUGUUCAGUUUUACAAGAGCUUCUCUGCCUAUGAAAGAAAUGGAUCUGGCUCUGGUUCUCCCAUUUUGGCGGAAGGGCAGGUUUCCAGUUCACCUUCCAAGGAAGAAUUGAGUAAAGUUUCCCGGCGAGAGUGAAAAGUAUUCAACGGGCAAAUCAUUGAUGCUUCCCUUAUUAAGGCAGUUCAUUCAGAUGAUGUUUUGACCCCUUAUUACUGAUGUUGAAUCUGCAGCUAACCACUUUGAUUGUUGUAUGUAUAGAUCACUAAUCUUCAGUAGAUUUCUGUUUAUGUUUACCUUUUGUAUAAUUGUCUCUAAUUCUAACAGAAAUUUUGUUUGUACGAAGCAUUAAUUUGUAGUGUUAUAAUGUGGAUGAACUGAUCAUAUGAUUUGCUUA